UCGACUCAGCGUUGAAUGAAGUGAGAGACAGCCGUGAUUGAUCCCAGACAGAAGCUUCAACUAAAGGAAUUGCAUUUAAAGUAUUAUUUUAAUAAAUUGUUCUAGAAUUAGGUCUUCAAUGGAUCUCAUUGCUGCUAUGAAGUGAUACUUUGAAUAGGGAACAUUGUAUCUCCCACGUUUGAGUGUGGACAGCAUGAAUACUUCGUCAGAUUUGUGUGCCAUUAACACGUCAUGCAGCGCCAAUACGUCUGACUGCUGCGUCACCAACACACCAGAAGACAUCAGUAAUUUAGAUCUGAACUCAGUGACAUUGAUCGACGUCCUCCUCUUUAUGUUUGCGUGUCUGCUGGCCGCCUUUAUCUGCAUCGGAAACAUUACGGCGGUGCUGGCCAUCUGGCACACGCCAUCACUUCGAUCUCUGCCAAAUCUGUACGUGGCUAGUUUGGCCUGUGCAGAUUUCAUCGUUGGCCUGGGCUGCAUCCUGUUGGCGCUUUUUCUGCUUCCGCCGACAAGAUCUCGUCUGUUCUUCCGGUACAUCCAUCUCUGCGUCCUGAUGCAGGGUCUCAACCUGGGCAUGUGCGCUGUCUCCGUGCUCCACAUGACGCUCAUUUCAGUGGAUCGCUUCCUGUACAUUGCCAGGCCUUACUUUUACGAGAGGGUGGUGAAGCUGAGGCCAGCCGUGGUGGCCAUUUGCGCCAUCUGGACCUUCGGCGUCGUCUACAGCCUUCUGCCCCAGUUCAUCCAUAGGCCGUACGGUGACCAGCCCGUGUGUGACGUCACCAUGGUCCUUCCCAUCGGCUAUUUAUUCUACUCCAGCUGUACGAUCUAUUUCUCUCUCGUGCUUCUCAUCGUCAUUAUGUACUCUUUCAUCCUACGUACGGCUGUCGUACAACAGAAGGCUAUCACGGCGGUCACCGUCUAUCCUGAUGGUUCGAAAGGGAGAAAUCUGUCAACCAGGAAAAGUGCAUGGAAAAGCGUGAAGUUCUUUUUCGUCGUGUUUGGAGUCUUCUUUGUCUGCCUGACGCCAGUUGUCGUCUGCUUGGGGUUGGAUUACUUCUACAACGUUCCAGGAGAGAUUUAUCGAUUUCUGAACUUGGUAGCCAUUAUGAACUCCGGAAUGAACUUUAUUAUUUUCGCCAUUCUUAAAAGACAGUUUAGGCAUACAUUUUUGAAGCUUCUGGGUUUGAACGUUUGUAGGAAAACAGAAUCCAACGAUCAGGUUUCGCCAUUGGCUGCUGUAUCCAAUACAUCGUAUCUGAAGUGAUCAAAGACUUUCGCUCUUUUGUUUAUAAUUGUUAUAGUGCUUUUUUUUUCAAACUAUUAUUAUAAAAAUUAAUUCCUUGUUCCGCAUGGUAGGACAAAUUUGUACACUAGUGAUGUUAGAGCAUGGAAUGUGCUGUCUGAGUCAGCCAGGAAAACCAGUGACUUGGCAGAGUUUAAGCCAUUGAUUAACAUGCAUGCAGAGGCGUAGCGAGAGGG